CCCCAGCCCCGCCCCGGGUUGGUGAUGCGGGCGGAUGCGGCCUCGGUUCUCCUCGGUUCUUUCCGAUGUCUCCGCUGAUCCCGCGGCCCCAGGACCGGAACCAGUGACCGGGAGCGGCCUCUCCGGGAGCCGGGGAGAGCACAGCCGCCUCCAGCACCACGGAUCCUGCGCCAGACGCUUCCAGCUGGACGCCAUGUCUACCAAAGCCGAGCAGUUUGCUUCUAAGAUCCGAUACCUCCACGAGUACCACCACCGGGUCAUCCACAACACGUACCCAGUGCCCACAGGGACCGACAUUGCCAACACCCUGAAGUAUUUCUCCCAGACACUGUUAAGCAUUUUGUCCCGGUCAGGCAAGAAGGAAAAUCAAGAUGCCGCCAAUUUGACAGUGCCCAUGACUAUGUGUCUUUUUCCUGUGCCAUUCCCACUCACUCCAUCUCUAAGACCACAGGUCAGUUCCAUCAACCCUACUGUUACUCGCUCCCUCCUUUACAGCGUCCUGCGAGAUUCUCCAUCAGAACGAGGCCAACAAAGUCGAGACGCUCAGUUAUCAGAGUACCCUUCAUUGGACUAUCAGGGGCUUUAUGUGACUCUGGUGACCCUGUUGGACCUAGUCCCAUUGCUUCAGCACGGCCAACACGAUCUGGGACAAUCUAUAUUUUAUACCACUGCUUGUCUCUUGCCCUUUCUGAGCGAUGAUAUAUUAAGCACUUUACCCUACACCAUGAUCUCCACCUUGGCCACAUUCCCUCCCUUCCUACACAAGGACAUCACGGAGUAUCUCAGCACGUCCUUCUUACCCAUGGCGAUACUGGGGUCUAGCAGGCGAGAGGGCGGCGUACCCGCUCAUGUCAACCUGUCCGCCUCUUCCAUGCUGAUGAUCGCAAUGCAGUAUACAUCAAACCCGGUGUAUCACUGCCAGCUUCUGGAGUGUCUCAUGAAGUAUAAGCAGGAGGUGUGGAAAGAUUUACUAUAUGUCAUUGCUUAUGGACCCUCCCAAGUUAAACCACCAGCGGUACAAAUGCUCUUUCAUUACUGGCCUAAUCUAAAACCUCCAGGGGCCAUUAGUGAAUAUCGAGGAUUACAGUAUACAGCCUGGAAUCCCAUUCAUUGUCAGCAUAUAGAGUGUCACAACGCCAUCAACAAGCCAGCAGUGAAGAUGUGUAUUGAUGCCGGCCUGUCAGUGGCCCUGGGGGACAAGCCGCCCCCAUUGUACCUGUGUGAGGAGUGCAGCCAAAGAAUCACAGGGGAUCACAGCGCGUGGCUGAUAGAUGUUCUCCUGCCACAAGCUGAGAUUUCAGCCAUUUGCCAGAAGAAGAACUGCAGCUCGCACGUAAGAAGGGCGGUGGUGACCUGCUUCUCGGCUGGAUGCUGUGGCCGCCAUGGUAACCGGCCGGUGCGAUACUGCAAACGCUGCCACUCCUACCACCACAACAGCGAAGCCGGGGGAGCCUCCUCAACGGAGUCGCAUCUGUACCAGACCUCGCCGCCGCCCAUCAAUACGCGGGAGUGCGGGGCGGAGGAGCUGGUGUGCGCGGUGGAGGCCGUCAUUAGUUUGCUGAAGGAAGCGGAAUAUCAUGCAGAGCAGCGUGAAUACGAGAUGAACCGCAGGAGACAGAUGGGUCUGGCGUCUUCACAUCAUUCACUGGACAACACGGACUUUGAUAACAAAGAUGACGAUAAACACGAUCAGCGUCUCUUGAGUCAGUUUGGGAUCUGGUUCCUGGUCAGCCUCUGCACGCCCAGUGAGAACACCCCCACGGAGAGCCUGGCCCGCCUGGUCAGCAUGGUCUUUCAGUGGUUCCACUCUACGGCGUACAUGAUGGACGAUGAGGUCGGCAGUCUGGUGGAGAAACUCAAACCACAGUUCGUCACCAAGUGGCUGAAGACCGUCUGCGACAUCCGGUUCGAUGUUAUGGUCAUGUGCUUGCUGCCCAAACCCAUGGAAUUUGCCCGGGUUGGGGGUUACUGGGACAAGUCCUGCAGUACGGUCACCCAGCUGAAGGAAGGUCUCAAUAGAAUUCUGUGCCUUAUUCCAUAUAAUGUCAUUAACCAGCCGAUCUGGGAAUGUAUCAUGCCGGAGUGGUUGGAGGCCAUCAGGACAGAAGUGCCCGACAAUCAGCUCAAGGAGUUUCGGGAGGUCCUCAGUAAAAUGUUUGACAUUGAGCUCUGCCCUUUGCCUUUCUCCAUGGAGGAGAUGUUCGGAUUCAUCAGCUGCCGAUUCACUGGCUAUCCAUCUUCUGUCCAGGAACAAGCUUUGCUUUGGCUUCAUGUGUUGUCGGAGUUAGAUAUUGUGGUGCCCCUGCAGCUGUUGAUCAGCAUGUUCUCUGAUGGGGUAAACUCUGUGAAGGAGCUGGCCAAUCAGAGGAAAGUCCGUAUCACAGAACUUUCAGGAAAUGUUCCAGGUCACAGGGGCAGCAUCGCCUCCGAUCCAGGCCGGCGGGUGAUACACAGUAUGCUGAGCCCCUUCCCCAGCCCCUUUCACAGUCCCUUCCGGAGCCCCAUGCGCAGUCCCUUCCGCAGUCCCUUUAAGAACUAUGGGCAUCCCACAGGAAGAACCAUUGACUUUGACUGUGAUGAAGACGAGAUGAAUCUCAACUGUUUUAUCCUCAUGUUCGACCUCAUAUUGAAACAGAUGGAGCUCCAAGAUGAUGGAAUCACUCUGGGGCUGGAGAACAGUCUGUCCAAAGACGUCAUCUCCAUCAUCAACAACGUCUUCCAGGCACCAUGGGGAGGAUCUCACACCUGCCAGAAGGACGAGAAGGCCGUGGAGUGCAGCCUGUGCCAGUCCAGCAUCCUCUGCUACCAGAUGGCCUGCGAGCUGCUGGAACGACUGGCCCCUAAGGAGGAGAUCCGACUGGUGGAGCCGACGGACAGUCUAGAGGAUAGUCUGCUGUUCUCCCGCGCCGAAUUCACCAUCGGGGGCGAGGGCGAAGAGGAAGAGAAUCCCUCAAAUAAACAUGGAGACAAUCCGGGGACACACAGCCAGACAGCGGAGCCGCCCCCCAACACAGCUGUCAAAAAUGACACAGAUCAAAAAUUUUGUUACCAGAAACUUCCUGUCACCUUGAAAUUAAUCUACACCAUCCUGCAGGAAAUGGCCAAGUUUGACGAGCCGGACAUCCUGUUUAACAUGCUGAACUGCCUGAAGAUCCUCUGUCUGCACGGCGAGUGCCUAUAUAUCGCCAAGAAGGAUCACCUGCCGUUUUUGGCAUACAUUCAGGAGCGCAUGCUCAUCUCCAGCUUGUGGCGAGUCUUGAAGUCGGAUUUCUCCCAGCUGUCGUCUUUGGGGGUCCCCCUGCUUCUUCACUCUCUUUCUCUUCCCAACGGAGCCGAUAUUUUCUGGACAAUCAUAAACUCCAACUUCAACAGCAAAGACUGGAAAAUGAGGUUCGAAGCAGUGGAGAAAGUUGCCGUCUUGUGCCGAUUCCUGGACAUUCACUCAGUCACCAAAAACCACUUAUUGAAGUAUUCCCUGGCCCAUGCAUUUUGCUGUUUUCUAACUGCGGUGGAAGACGUCAACCCUGCUGUGGCCACAAGAGCCGGACUAUUACUGGACACCAUCAAGAGACCUGCUCUACAGGGUCUUUGCCUUUGCCUGGAUUUCCAGUUUGACACCGUGGUAAAAGAUCGUCCAACAAUCCUCAGCAAACUCCUUCUCCUUCAUUUCCUGAAGCAAGACAUUCCGGCCCUGAGCUGGGAGUUCUUUGUAAACAGAUUUGAUACUUUGUCUCUGGAGGCUCAGCUACAUCUCGACUGCAACAAGGACUUUCCAUUCCCUACAACCAUCACAGCGGUGAGGACUAACGUGGCUAAUUUAAGUGACGCUGCCCUGUGGAAGAUCAAAAGGGCGCGCUUUGCACGCAACCGUCAUAAGAGUGUCCGUUCCCUCCGAGACAGCGUCAAAGGAGCUGGAGAAUCCAAGAGGGCGCUCUCCCUGCCAGAGACUCUUAGCACCAAAAUCCCUGUCAGGUUGACGAGGCACGAGCAGUCAGCACCGGCACUCGGCAGCACGGCGGAACAAGCCCAAGGUCAGCAAUCUCCAGAGAAUGACAACAUCAUCAAGGACCCUCUGCCUGAGGACGCGGGGAUCGACCACCAGACCGUGCACCACCUGAUCACCGUCCUCAUGAAGUUCAUGGCCAAAGACAAGAGCAGCGCAGAAGCCGACAUUAGCAGCGCCAAAGCUUUUAACACUGUGAAACGCCAUCUGUACGUGCUGCUGGGCUUCGAUCAGCAGGAAGGGUGUUUCAUGAUCGCCCCUCAAAAAAUGCGCAUGUCUACAUGCUUCAAUGCAUUUAUUGCAGGAAUAGCGCAGGUGAUGGAUUAUAACAUCAACCUGGGGAAACAUCUUCUACCACUUGUUGUUCAAGUCCUAAAAUAUUGCACCUGCCCCCAGCUCCGCCAUUACUUCCAGCAGCCGCCCCGCUGCUCGCUCUGGUCUCUGAAGCCGCACAUCCGCCAGAUGUGGCUGAAGGCUCUCCUCGUCAUCCUCUAUAAGUAUCCGUACAGGGAAGCCGAUCUCGGGAAGAUCGUGUUACAUCUCAUCCACAUCACUGUAAACACGCUGAACGCGCAGUAUCACAGCUGCAAACCGCACGCCACGGCCGGCCCCCUGUACAGCGACAACAGUAACAUCAGCCGAUACAGCGAGAAGGAAAAAGCAGAGGAAGACAGCGUGUUCGAUGAGUCCGACAUCCACGAAACGCCCACCGGAGCCUGUAACAAGGAGUCACAGACUUUUUUCGCACGUCUGAAGAGGAUCGGAGGGAGCAAGAUGGUGAAAUAUCAACCGGUAGACAUGAGCGGACAGAGAAGUGAAAUAGAACUGGCGGAAUACCGAGAAUCUGGAGACAGCAUCUUGCGCUGCGUCAGAGAAGAAACCAUCCAGAAGAAGCGGCUGCGUUCCCUCAAGCAAAAGUCCUUGGACAUCGGCAACACCGACUCCUUGCUGUUCACCCUGGAUGAGCACCGCCGCAAGUCCUGCAUAGACCGCUGUGACAUCAGCCACAGCCAGAAGAUGAAUGACUACGCGCAGUCCCGACAGAACUCGGCCACCAAGGCCGAUAAUGUGGACUCCAAUGAGAAGCCAUCAGAGGGCGGCCAUGAGGCCAGGAGACCCGUCAUACCGGAGGUGACACUCAGCUGCAUGGAGACCUUUGAGGUCAAGGUGGACUCUCCAGUAAAGCCGCCAUCUCUGAAGGAAGACUUGGACCUGAUAGAUUUAUCUUCAGACUCCACCUCAGGACCCGAGAAACAGUCCAUGUUAUCCACCUCCGACAGCGACUCUCUGGUGUUUGAGCCUCUGCCACCAUUGAGGAUCGUGGAGAGUGACGACGAGGAGUUCCAACUCAUCAACAGCAGCAAUAUCGUGGUGUCGGCCGCUUCAACUCCCAUCAGUGCGUCCGUGCUCAGCCUCAGUAUGACGCCAUUGGUCCAGGUCAGCAUAGAGGACUGCUCGAAAACCUUCACCUCAGAGGAUUUCUGCUACAGUCCAGAUCUGCAGGUACUAGACACCCCGUCCCAAUCUGCUGAAGGUCACAAAAACUUCAGCCGGCCCGGAGAUCUCCUGGAAGUGUCCACUGGGAGCCCCCUGACCCUGAAACAGAAGAGGGACCAGCUGCGCAAGUCCUGUGCUCUGGCCGAAAUGUCUGAAGACGACACCUACGAGGAGGAAAACGAAGCGGAGGAAAAGAAAUCCCCCGUCAAAAGCAUCCACCUCACCGUCCCGGAGGAUCCUGAUAACCAGACAGACAGCGAGAAGCCGGAGGCCGGCACAGAAUCGGACCAGGAGCAAAGUGCCGAACCGAAGGAAGAGAUAGAAGAGUCCGAAUUCAAGAUCCAGAUAGUCCCCAGGCAGCGGAAGCAAAGAAAGAUCGCGGUCAGUGCGAUCCAGAGGGAAUACCUGGACAUCACCUUCAACAUUCUGGACAAGCUGGGAGAGCAGAAAGGCACAGAGACCGGCACCAAGGAGCUGUCCAUCUUAGAGAUGCCUCGAGAAUCGUCUUCUGCGCCCACCCUGGACGCCGGGGUUGCUGAGCCCAGUAGUCGUUCAUCUCUCGCAAUGCAAUAUAGGCAAAUGAAAAGGGGCUCUCUUGGUGCUGUUACUAUGGCCCAGCUCUUGAAGAGGCAGCUCGAACACCAGUCCAGUGCACCCCACAACAUCAGUACCUGGGAUCCGGAUGAUCCCAAAACAGCCCAUGAAGUAUUGGGAAGCAUUUCCGAAGUGUCUAUGGGACGGACGAGCAUUCCAUAUAUUCAGAUAGGGGCAACCAAGUCCAGCCUCCUCUCGGCUCCCAGUAUUGUCAGUAUGUUUGUCCCGGCACCUGAAGAUUUCUCUGAUGAGCAGCCUACAGUGAUGUCUGACAAGUGUCAUGACUGUGGGGCCAUUCUGGAGGAGUAUGAUGAAGAGACCCUUGGACUGGCCAUAGUGGUUCUCCUGACGUUCAUACACUUGAGCCCAGAUUUGGCGGCCCCCCUCUUGCUGGAUAUCAUGCAGUCUGUGGGAAGGUUGGCGUGCAGCACAAGCUUCUCUAGCCAAGCGGAGAGUAUGAUGAUCCCGGGGAACGUUGCGGGGGUGGCCAAGCAGUUCCUGCGCUGUGUGUUCCAUCAGCUCGCGCCCAAUGGCAUCUUCUCUCAGCUGUUCCAGAGCAACAUCAAAGAUGGCAGCUUCUUACGGACCUUAGCCGCCUCUCUGAUGGACUUUAAUGAGCUCAGCUCUUUCGCUGCCCUGAGCCAACUACUGGAGGGGUUAAAUAACAAGAAGAAUUUACCAGCCGGCGGUACGAUGCUGAGAUGCUUGGAAAAUAUCGCCACCUUCAUGGAAGCCUUACCUAUGGAUUCCCCCAGUAACCUGUGGACCACCAUCUGUAACCAGUUCCAGACCUUUUUCACAAAAUUGCCUUCUGUCCUUCCACUAAAGUGUUCCUUAGAUUCCAGUCUGCGGAUAAUGAUUUGUCUUCUGAAGAUCCCGACGUCUAACGCCACCAGAAGUCUGCUGGAGCCAUUCUCCAAGCUGCUAAGUUUCGUCAUGCAGCACGGGGUGUUCGCCCUGGCGUACCUCGUCGAGCUCUGCGGCCUAUGUUACCGAGCGUUCACCAAGGAACGGGACAAGUACUACCUGACCCGCAGCGUGAUCCUGGACCUGCUGCAAGCCUUGAAAUUAAAGUCUCCGCUGCCAGACACCAACCUUCUCCUGCUGGUUCAGUUUAUUUGCGCAGAUGUCGGAACAAAGGUGUCAGAGUCCACCAUCAUUCACAAGCAGAUGAUCGCGUCGCUCCCUUCGUGCGGCACGGCAGCCAUGGAAUGCACCCGGCAAUAUAUCGGGGAGAUCUUGGACUUCAUUGCAGACAUGCACACCUUGACCAAGUUGAAGAGCCAUAUGAAGACCUGCUCACAGCCGCUGCACGAGGACACGUUUGGUGGACACCUUAAGGUUGGUCUCGCCCAGAUCGCAUCCAUGGAGAUAACUCGUGGAAACCAUCGGGACAAUAAAGCGGUCAUACGUUACCUGCCCUGGUUAUACCAUCCGCCCUCCGCUAUGCAACAGGGCCCCAAAGAGUUUAUAGAAUGUGUCACCCACAUCCGGCUGCUGUCAUGGCUUCUCCUGGGGUCUCUCACCCAUGGCGUGGUCUGCAUGAACUCCCCCUCACCCUGUAUGCCCAUCCCAUUAGAUGCCGGCUCGCAUGUCGCUGAUCAUCUGAUCGUCAUUCUGAUCGGGUUUCCGGAGCAAUCUAAGACCUCCGUGCUGCACAUGUGCUCCCUCUUCCACGCCUUCAUCUUCGCCCAGCUGUGGACUGUGUACUGCGAGCAGGCCGCCAUCGCUCCGUCCGUCCAGAACCAAAACGAGUUCUGCUUCACCGCCAUUCUUACGGCACUGGAGUUCUGGAGCAGGGUGACCCCCAGCAUCCUGCAGCUGAUGGCGCACAACACUGUGAUGGUGGAGAUGGUCUGCCUGCAUUUGAUCAGCUUGAUGGAGGCGCUGCAGGAGUGCAACUCCACAGUAUUUGUCAAGUUAAUACCAAUGUGGUUACCGAUGAUCCAGUCCAAUAUAAAGCAUUUAUCAGCCGGUCUGCAGCUGCGCCUCCAGGCCAUACAGAACAACGCCAACCAGCAGAUCCUGCGGAUGUUACAAGGCUCCACGCAGUUCAGCCACAACUCGGGGGUCCUGAAGAAAUGGCUGCAAUGCACGCAGUUCAAAAUGGCGCAAGUGGAGAUCCAGUCGUCGGAGGCCGCGUCACAGUUCUAUCCCUUGUAACGUCGUGAAGAGGCUACAAUAGGAGUGGUCAAGCCGGCCUGUUCAGGGCUCUCACACACUUUCAUCAGGGGUCACAUGACUGGUUCGGGGGGGUCACUCUUAGAUUGGGGGUCAAUCUUCUGGUUUGGGGGUCACAUGACCAGGAGAUUUUGUUCCUGUGGCCACAAAGCAGAAUGGCUAGUGAGUGAAGGGAUAUUUCCCAUACUGUCUUUUUUUGGCUUUCCGACUCCCUCCGGCCUGUUUGCAGCAGCUGGAGGUGGUCGGGAAGCCGAAAACAGCUGAAACGGGUCAGUUAUGCAGUUUGCAUAAUUCCCAUUGACUUCGCAAACGGCGUAAACCCCCCCCCCCCCCCCCCACAAACUAUGCUCCUUGCAUAACUUUGGUAAUAAGCAACAUACUUUCCCGCUCUACGCCAUUUACACAACUCCAGUUAUAGUCAUUGGUGUUUUUUUGGCUUCCCGACUACCUCCAGUGGCCACAAACAGUCUGGAAGAAGUCGGGAAACUUAAAAAAAAAGCAAGAUAGCAAAAAAAAUAAACAUUGUUCUUGCAUUGAAAAACAUUUAAUGAAAAGUUAAGUGUCCAGUGGAAAAGUUAGGAGCAGAAAAGGUGUGGCCCCAGGGGGAAUGGCCUAAGGGCCCUAAUGAGUGCAAGCCAGUGUGCCUCCAGCUGUUACAAAACUGGAAUUUGUAGUUUUGCAACAGCCGGAGGCACACUUUUGGGGGAAACACUUGUGUAAGCUCUGCAGUCUGAUGAUACCAAAGACAUUGGGGGGGAUUUAUCAAAGCUGUCUAUUUCCCGCAUCAAUAUAGGCCAAACUACAGAGGGUUAGACCGGUCUAUUGUGCGCUAAUUUAUCAAAAUUCGCACGGCUCUUGAUAAAUUCUGCGCACGGACUUCGGGAUCCACGGUUUAGACUGUAUGUAAACCUGCUCCAGCAUGGUCUGACAUUUCAGCGUACUUUCGCCCGGUGCCUAAAUCCUUUGAUAAAUCUCCCCCUUACAGUUUAAUACAACCCGUAAAGUGCGCAGCAGAGAGGAUUGCGCCACGGACGCGUCGGUUACGCUAUGCCUGCGUUUCUUGUUUUUCUAAGAAGAAUUUUAUAGUUCCUUCUGUUGUUACUGGCAAAUAUUAAGAUUAUAGUCAGUGUUUCCCAACCAGGGUGCCUCCAGCUGUUGCAAAACUACAACUCCCAGCAUGCCCGGACAGCCGUUGGCUGUCCGGGCAUGCUGGGAGUUGUAGUUUUGCAACGCAUUGGUUGGGAAAUACUGAUCUAAGUGCUAGUUACCCGGAACAUUUACCAGCUUGAGCCAGCGCGAGUGUUGUGUUGAAUCGGAUCUGCUAGACUGCCCCCUAUGUGUUAUACGUAAGUUGUAUAACCUAAUUUUGGACACUUUCCCUUUAAAUCGGCAGCAGAACAUCCCAGCGCAGUGCGUUUCCCAGAGCGGCGCACAGAUGGUUUCCUGUCACUCUCUGAUCCGCGCGUCUUUUAUCAAACCGGUUCGAUCUUAAUUGAUGUCCUGUGGAUAAAUCUAGAACGCCGGAGCUCGGAGGAGGCGGCGGAUUAAAGAGCUGACGCGGCGUAACUCCGCUUAUAAAUCACGGCGGUAAAAUGUGCUCGGAAUACGAAUCAGCGCCGGGUCGUAACCACCUGCGCAGAUCAUAGUCCCGGCCCGAGAAGAAGAAAGGCCUAGAUACAAAGUGACCUGAGACAAGUGUUAUUCCUUCUAGCGCUGGGUAAAUUGUCGCUGCCGCCGUCUUCGCUUUGAUUGAAUUCGCAAGGAUACGGAAGUUAGUAGCUGUUCAAGCAUACAGGAUCGCACAGAUCUCAAAGAUGCUUUAAACCUGUGUUGUGUGCCUCCAGCUGUUGCAAAACUACAACUGCUGGAAGUUGUAGUUUUGCAACAGCUGGAGGCACCCUGGUCUGGAAACUCUGCAUUAAACCCUUUAAAGGGGUUAUCCAGGAAAA